AUGUCGCUUCUAUCAACCCUUCUCUCCUGGUACAGCCUCAUGGGAAUAAUUCUACUCCCCAUCCUCAUCCUAAUCAGCGAUAUAAUAAAAAAACAUCGCAUGCCACCCGGUCCUCCCUCUCUCCCCUUCAUCGGCACCAAGCUCCCCACUUCAAAACCAUGGAUCCAAUUCCAACAAUGGGCCAAAACCUACGGUCCCAUCUUCACAAUAUGGGUUGGAAGACGUCCCACGCUCAUUAUCUCCGACCCAGAAGUAGCAGUUGAGUUAAUGGAGAAAAGAAGUAGCAAAUAUUCGUCCCGUCCCCGGUUUGUCGUUAUGGGCGAGAUAUACAACACGAAAGCCAUUCUCGUACAGCCUUACGGGAAGGAUUGGUCUAUCAAAAGAAAGCUUCUACACCGUGCUUUGACGCCUGGAGUUCUGAAGACGUAUAAAUCUCGGCAAGAUGCAGAAGCUACUCGACUCGCUUUCGGGCUUUUGCGUGAUCCGGAGAAUUGGGAGAGAGCUUUCGACCGUUUCACGGCGAGCGUAGUAUUUUCCAUCGCUUACGGCCAUCGCAUUGAUUCCCUCGACUCCCCAGUCGUUCGACAGAGGUUGAUGUACGCGCAUUUCAUGGCGUCGCUGAACGUUCCUGGGGCGUAUAAAGCGGAGUCGUUCCCAGUGCUGAAACAUAUACCUGAGUGGUUGGCGCCGUGGAAGCGGACGAUUCGGGAACAUUCAGAGAUGGAAUCCGUUGCUAAUAUGGCGCUGGUAGAUGGCGUGAGAGAAGAUAUAAGGGCAGGGAAAGAGAAAGGGGAAGAAGUUGCACCGUCAAUGACGAAGGAUAUGUUGGCUGUGAGGGACGAAGAGGGUAUUUCGCUGAGCGACAAGGAUUUCUCUUACGUGCCCGCGAGUUUAUUCGGUGCUGGGUCUGAUACCACGGCUUCUUCAAUGUGUUCUGCAGUCCUCGCUUUAGUGACCCAUCAGGUUGCACUUGAAGCCGCACAAACGGAGUUGGAUUCUGUUGUAGGUAGUGAUCGGAUGCCGACCUUUGAAGACGAGGACAAACUUCCGUAUAUACGUGCGCUUGUAAAGGAGGUCUUGAGAUGGAGACCAGUCGCUGUACUUGGAGGGACUCCGCAUGCUUCGUCAGAAGAUGAUGUGUACCAAGGACGGUAUAUUCCAACUGGAGCAACGAUUUUAGGAAACACCUGGGCCAUCAACUUGAAUGAAGAAUAUUACCCCAAUCCUCAGCUCUUCAACCCCGCCCGAUUCCUUGACGAGAAAGAUCCCCGGUAUCUCCCCGAACUCAAAGGAAAGAAAACACAUCCUGCGAAAGCCGGUCACUCGUCCUUCGGAUGGGGCCGAAGGAUAUGUCCUGGUGCUGAUCUUGCAGCCAAUUCUUUGUUCAUCGCUCUUUCAAAACUCAUUUGGGCAUUUGACAUCCUCCCAACUCGAACAUACGAUACUUUGAAUUACACGGACGGUUUUAAUAGUCGUCCGAAACCAUUCAAAUGCCUGAUUCGGAUCAGAAGUGAGAACCAUAAAGAAGUCCUUGCAGCCAGGAGUUUACAAGCGGUAAAGGAGAUGGAGAAAUUCCCGGCAUACGACUGA